CGGCAAUCUUCGGCUCCGCUCGGCGAGGGGAGGGCCGAGGGGGCGGCGGCGCGCAUGCGCACCGGGCGGUGGGAGCGUGAGCGGCGGCCUCCGGAGUGAGGUUGUGUUACCAGAAUCCAAAUGGCACUCUUGAACAGGCAGUUGGGUUUUUCCUUAACCCACCUAAGCAGCGCAGUCAUCCAGCGUCACUUCAGUAUCACCAGAGCAUGCCAAGCAAUACAGAAACUUACUCGUGUGCGAGUGGUGGACAACAGCGCCUUGGGGAACACGCCCUACCACCGGCCACCAAAAUGUAUCCAUGUGUAUAACAAGACUGGAGUUGGCAAAGUAGGAGAUAAGAUUCUUCUGGCUAUCAAAGGAGAAAAGAAGAAGGCUUUGAUUGUAGGGCACAAGAUGCCUGGCCUUUGCAUGAUGCCUAGAUUUGAUUCUAACAACGUGGUACUCAUAGAAGACAAUGGAAAUCCGACAGGGACUAGAAUAAAAACACCCAUACCGUAUACCCUGCGACAGAAAGGAGAGUUCUCCAAAGUAUUGGCCAUUGCCCGCAACUUUGUAUGAGGUCUAAAAAAGAUUUCUGGCAAUACUGUUCAUGUUUUAUAAUUCUGUAGCUGUUCCUGGGUCCUUCACCUAAAAAGGUUAAGUGUGAAAAAGCUGAGAUUCAUCAAUGGUUUCUGUUCCUGUUUGUGAAUUGCAAACAACUAAUUUAAGUAUUGAAAUACCUUGUUUUUCUCCAAAAGAUGGUUGAUUUGUUUUGUGGAAAUGUCUGCAGUGUGUUUGGGAAAUGCUACUUCACUCUUAACUGCUCUGGUGGUGUUACUUUGGACUCUAACCAUUAAAAUGAGAACAUGAAAA